GGAUAUUUUAAAUUUCCCAAAUCUGUGUGCGGCGCAUGGCAACCGUUGAUUUACACCCCAGGCUCCAUCCAUCAUUUUCUGUUCGCUUAUAAAUAGCCGAGUAGAGUGAGUGAAAGCCCACCUCACCAUCCAUCUUCUGAAACAUUCUAGACAAAAAAUUUCUAAUUUUUAUCGCCAAAAAAAGAAAAGGAAAAAAAAAAGCAAAUGACCGAGUUAAUACCUGGUCUACCAGAGGAACUCGGGCACGAGUGCCUGACUCGUUUGCACUACUCGACUCACCGAGUCGCCUCACGCGUUUGCCGCCGCUGGCAGGACAUGCUUCAAAGUCUGGAUUUUUACAACCACAGAAAGCAAUCCGGGCGCACCCACAAGCCCGCUUGCCUCGUCCAGGCGCUUCCGGUUCAGACCAGGGUUGACGAGACCAAACCGGGUGGACCGCCCGUUUACGGCGUCUCGGUUUUUGACCCUGUGAGUGGGAGCUGGGACCGGGUGGACCCGGUUCCGAAGUACCCACAUGGGCUUCCGCCGUUCUGCCAAGUGACGGCCUGCGAGGGCAAGCUCGUGUUGAUGGGCGGGUGGGACCCGGCGAGUUACCAGCCCGUGAGGGACGUGUUCGUGUACGAGUUCACGACUCAGAGGUGGACUCGGGGAAAGGAUAUGCCGGAGACCCGGUCGUUCUUCGCCGCCGGCGAGUUCAACGGCCGGGUCUACGUCGCCGGAGGCCACGACCAGAACAAGAACGCGUUGAAAUCGGCGAGGGUCUACGACGUGAGGGAGAACGAGUGGAGCGAGUUGCCUGGGAUGAGUCAGGAGCGAGACGAGUGCGAGGGGUUUGUUUCCGGGUCGGAGUUUUGGGUCGUGAGCGGGUAUGGUACGGACAGUCAAGGGGGCUUCGUGGGGUGCGCUGAGGUUUAUGAAAUCGGGUCGGGUCAGUGGAGGCGGGUUGAGGACGCGUGGCGUGCAGGUCAGUGCCCGAGGUCUUGCGUUGGGGUUGGGAAGGAUGGGAAGCUGUUUUGUUGGGGCGACUGUGACUCGCGGGUUCGUGUCGGUACCAGCGCGGUUGAGUUGGGCCCGUGGGCGUUGGUAUCAGGAUCGGCUUACCAAGGCGGGGCGCAAGGGUCAUUUUUGGUUGAAGGGCAAAAUGGUAAAUUGAGGAAUGUGGAAGCUCCUGAUGAGUUCUCUGGGUUCGUGCAGUCCGGUUGCUGCGUGGAGAUUUGAGAUUUUCAAUUUUUCGAGUUUACAAAAAGAAAAUUGAGGGUUGUCUUUUGUGGCUUUUUUUUUUUUCCCCCAACACCU